CCCGCAGCUAACCAGCAACCAACGCUGUAUUGAGUGUAUUAUCUAUUUGUCUGGUCCAAAAAAAAUCUUUACGAUAUCAAUAAAACAAUAUUCUCUCAAGGUUUUUUCCAAACAUGAGUAUCCUACAUAAACAUAUUAAACAUUAGCCCACAAAAAUUCCUUAUAUUAUCUUUACGAACACAUAUUAAAUGAUUUGAAAAUAAAACACGAUGUUAUUGUCUUCAAUGGAGCACUCUUUCAGAAAAAAAUAUCUCACCAAUCUUUUGCCUUCUUCGAGACGAUCUGAUAAUUUUGACCUCAAAUGCACCUUUAGUGCUGUUGCGUCCACUUCUUCUUUUUUUGUGUGUGAGGAAAAUUCCAUUCGCUUUCAUUCCCCAUUUCUAAGACCGAAUGCCCGGAAGGGAAUGUGACCCGAGUCACGCACACCCCAAAUCGUCCGGAAAGGGAGACCUGCAUGAACAAAACUUGUUCGAUAGGGAGAGAGCACUGCAGUCUCCCAAAAUUCUGUCCGUUUUCGGGGGUUUUUUUUCUCUUCCGAAGGUUAGGCUGAGGAAUGAAGUUGUCGUGGAAUUUGUCACGUAACGCAUAGGAGUCUUAUGUAUCGUCUCGGAAAUAUUUGAUGGUACCAUAAGAUGUAACUUUGAGGCACAAAGUGUAUGUCUGUGUGGCUACAGUAAUAGGUUUAAUAAAUGAUAAGAACCCAUCAUUUUGCACACAAAUGAUAGUGUCGGGAAUCGAUUCUCCUGCCCUCGGUACGGUCGUACUCUAGUUGGUGAGCUGUGGUUAAAAUUGAUUAACAACCGAUCCUCCGGGUGUUUUAUCUCCCGCGUCUACAAUGUUUUGACAUAUGCAAGAAGAGAGACAGGGACGGUUGUUUGCAUGUGGCAAACUGCAGUGCUCUGCAUCUUACCCGAGACUUAGUGAGUGCAGCGGCAAUCGCACGAACGCGAUAAGCAGAGAUGCUAAUAAACUCUAACUAAACAACAACAACCGUUCUUCCUUCUAUCGGGGGGAUCACCUUCGACUGUGGGAAGGUGAUACACAGCACCCUUUUCAUCUUCAUCGUAAACAUCAACCAUUGGAAGGUGCUAAACACCAUCAGCUAGGGGUGUCCGUUAGCGGGAACGCAACCAGUCACACCUCCGCCAGCAAGGAAAAGAUACAAGAUAAGAGAAAUGCUGGACCCAGUUAUCAUUCAAGAAGAUCCACCCGUAUGGUAUGAUGACGCCGUACUUUUGGUGCGUUGAAACACCGGUUCUAACUGGUUCCAUGGUAUUAGCUGCAGCAAAAUGCGCAUUCCAUCGGUAACUAACCGGAAUAGCGUUUCUAAUGUAUUUGCUUACUAGGGUUUCCUGACAGCGAAAUGGGUUGCAGGAUGAUAAGCUGAGUGUUUUUGCUGUGGAAGUGAAAUUCUGAGGAAUAAAAUGGUAAAUACGGAAGCAAAAAUCCCGUCUGUGUGUAUGUCAGGAAGCGUUUUGCGCAAAGAUUGCUGCUGCAUCACCAAUGAUUCCAACACUUCACGUGACCUACACUCUAUGAUUAAUGUACCGCCUAGCAAUAGAAAGGAUACGUCUCUCCAACGCCUCCACACGUUUCUGAUCAUUAUUAAGGACUGAUAAGAGUAGAGUUUCAGCACGUGUACAUUUGUCACCCGUUCGGUUACAGAUUGAUCACGUUUCCUAAGCGCACCGAUGUCGUCCUGCUAUUGUACCGAUGUGGUCAGCACCAGUCUAAUCUUGCUGUCGGAUCAUUUCAUGAUUGUGUGGUGUAUUAGGUGGGUAUGUCCGGAACAUGGGGAUUGUAAACCAUGUAAAUUAACGUCGAACCUGAGCGUUCAAACCCUCAUUAAUCCUUUUAAUCUUUAGAGAGCAGGCAUCAUUUCGUUUCUUCAUACAGAUCUAGAGACUUGUCGUCUGUAAGAUGCGUGUACACCUCUGUAAAUGUUCAGGAGGUUGUGUGUGUGUGUUUUACCCGUUGUUAAACAUUGAGUUGAUGACGCACUUUCCACUGCUUUGUUGAUUGUUUCCGAACCAGUUUUUACUAGCUCCUAUACGAUCAGAUCUGUCAUUCGGGAAUGUUCCUAUUGACAGAUUUUAUCAUCAAUAUGCACUAAAAUAGGACAAAUAUAGGAAUAUUCAAAAAUGAGUUCUAUCUGGAAGGUAAUCUUCCGUUGUUCCCCUAGGCUCUACAGUGCCACAAAAUAGAUGCUUUUUAAAAGGAUCUUAUUCUCCGAUUUAAAGAAUAAAAACCUCAAACAUCUUCCAAAUUCUCCAGAAAUCUUCCCAAAACUCGUGAAAGGGCUAUGUGAAAAUGGUCACGUUUACCAUUUCACGAUCGCCUGUCUUACUCCCGCCAGCCAUAAGAACCGUUCUAAAUUGCCCUCGUGUAUACCUCUGCCUCACUGCCAGUUUAUCAGUCAUCAUCCUUUUGGGCGAAACAGGACAGCCUAUCAAGAAUCAAAACCAGACAGAAGAAGAGGUCACCAUUCUAAUCAGUAACGAGGAGAUGUGUGUGGGCAUGUAAAUACGGUCGGUCAGAUCUCUUCAACGUACGUGCUUUGCGUCUCACUUGCUCUCUUGCGCCUAGUUCCCCGAGACGGUGAUCGCACAGCAUCAUAUUUUACCGCGAGCAUCAUCGUGUCCGGCUCUCAAACGGUAGUCAGCUUCUGAAGCGAGUGUACCUCGUCCUAUAGAUCGCGCAAGAACCGAGCAAGAAUUCAUUAACAACUGUUGCUGGCGGUAUAGAUUGUUGAAUUCUUAACUCAAUCUAGCAAAAAAGCAUAAAAAGAAACGUAAAAAGCGACAAGCAGAUUGCAGAAUUAUCUCGUGCAGAACAUUCUGGUGUGGAGUACCGUACGCAGAACGCGCCAAAAAUAUAGACUAUUGCAAUCAAUCGUGACACACUGCUUCUAUCGGGCAGUGAUAAGAACCAAAGUGAAAAGAGUUUUUUGUUUGAGAGGUUAAUCAAACCGGCUGCAGAAUAGUCUAGACUCUAGAGUAAUCCAGCAAAAAAAAAACAAAAGAACAGAAGUCAACGAUGGGUCUCAAGUUCCUGCUAUUUAAUAAUCAACAGAGUCAGAAUCUACAUAGAGGUGUAAGAAAAAUCAUGGAAGGUUCGGGCGACGGUUCACCGCAAUCGUCGAUGUGUAUGGUGAAGGCGGCCGAGCUCUUUCCGAAACCGAUCCUCGAGAAAGAGGAAGAAAAGCUCACCGUACGGUUCACCGAGCUUGCUGGUGAAUCUGUACGCUUCCUAGGUCAGACUGAUGAUGGCAUACUGGCACUGUCAAACUAUCGCUUGUUUCUGCAGAAGAACAGCACCGGCGCCGGUGUGUCGGUCCCUCUGGGGCUGAUCGAAUCGACGCAAGUUCGUGACCUGUUUCAUCUGAUCGUGAACUGCAAAGACGCUAGUACCGUCCGUUGUUCCUUUGCAACGUCCGAGCAAUGCAGUGAAUGGAACCGUCGGAUAACGCUGUCGAUCGGUGUGCCGGAAACGCUGGAGGCACUGUUUGCCUUUCCGUUUCACGCGUGGGCCUCGGAAUCGCCGACGCUCAACCAGGACAACGAGUGGGCCGGCCGUUUACAGCGUGUCGGUUCGUUCGAUGAUGAAUUCCGUCGCGAAGUCGAACGGUUACAGUUUGAUCUGCAGGGCGCUUGGCGCAUCAGUCAGGCAAAUGCGGAAUUUAAGCUCUGCCCAUCCUACCCGCGGUUGCUGCUGGUGCCGGCUUGUAUCUCCGACGAUACGCUGCAGAAUGUGGCAAGCUUUCGUAGCUCACGGCGCAUACCGGCGGUCGUGUGGCGCCAUCAGCGCACCGGUGCAGUAAUCGCACGCUGCAGCCAGCCCGAGGUCGGUUGGCUCGGUUGGCGUAAUUCGAAGGAUGAGCAGCUGCUGAAAGCACUUUCGGACGCGUGCUCGUUCGACCGUGGCACACAGGAUCGGGCAAGCGAUGGUACGAGACGGACGCGCACGCAAACGGACAGUUCGGAGGCAUCGAGCGAGGGUAGCCCACCGCGCAGUCCGGAAGGUAGCCACGAGGAGGUGGAGAUGGAUGAGCCGAAGAAGAUUCUGAUCGUGGAUGCACGAUCGUACACGUCCGCGGUAACGAACCGGGCACGCGGUGGAGGAUGUGAGUGUGCCGAGUACUAUCCGAGCGCUGAGAUACAGUUCAUGAGCCUUGGCAACAUUCACGUGAUAAGGAAAAGUUUCCACGCGUUAAGGCAACUUUGCGCUUCGCAGGCGGACAUUCCAAAUUGGCUUGGUUUGCUGGAACGAACGCUUUGGUUGCAACAUCUUUCCGGUUUGCUGGCGGCCUCGAUGGUGGUGUGCCAUGCAAUCGAGCGAAAUGGGCGGCCGGUGCUGGUACACUGUUCCGAUGGUUGGGACCGUACGCCGCAGAUCGUCGCCACGGCACAGCUCUGUCUCGAUCCGUACUACCGUACGAUCGAAGGUUUCCGCGUGCUGGUCGAGCGGGAGUGGCUGAGCUUUGGACACAAGUUUGCCGACCGUUGCGGGCACGGUCCCGGCUCCGACGAAACAAACGAGCGGUGUCCUGUGUUUCUUCAAUGGCUCGACUGUGUGCAUCAAAUCCAUCGUCAGUUUCCUUGCAGCUUUGAGUUUGACAUGGGCUACCUGAUCAAAUUAGCACAACAUUCGCAUUCGUGCCUAUUUGGAACGUUCCUCUGCAACACGGUGAAAGAGCGGCAGGAAAAUAGCGUCCCCGAUCGGACGUUCUCUGUGUGGCCUUUCCUAUCCGGUCCGAUCUAUAAGAAUCAUCUGUACGUGCCGAACCGCGAGCGCGUCCUGUGGCCGGCGCAUAAUGUGCGCGAUCUGCGCCUCUGGACGGAAGUGUACCUGGGCAGCUGGGGUGGCCACAACCAGCAGUCGGCAUCAGAAGUGGCCGAUUAUCCAACAGCGAGCGUUCCAUCGGGCGGUUCCGAUGUCGUCUCGGCAGUCGGUGGUGUAAGGAGUAUCGGGUCCGGUAACGAUCCAACCGGCAGCAUCCCUGUUGGGGUAGGAUCAUCAUCCGUGAACGUUGUUGUCGACGGGAUGGCAACAGCAUCCGUGACCGGGUGUAGUCCGGAACAGAACGGUUCGAUGACGAAGACGCGCUCGUACAGUGAUAUCAAAGAAGCAACCUCAGGUAGCGGCAUGACACGUCGCUCAAGUGAUCCAAGCAUGACCCUAGACUCAAGCAUUAUUCAUCGGACCGGUGGACCUGCGGCGAUUAAUCUUUCGCAGGAAGAAAGCUCAAUCGAUUCCAACCUUUCGUCCGAUCGCGAAACGUCACCCGAUCUUCGCUCCAUUGACGAUCAUUUGCUACAUCGUGGAGUAACAGCCAGUUCCUUUAUUCAGCAUGCCACCGAAAAGCUACAAAGUCUCACCCAAGAACUGAACCAAUCAGACGAAGAGUUAGAACAAGCCAUCAAGAACCAGCGCAAUCUAGCCAACAGCAGCAGUCCGGCACGGAGCGCUGUCGCUAUGACCGAACAAAUCGGGUCGAAUAUUCUUUCUUCCUCACCCUCUUCUAGUCUUUACGCUAAUGGUAGCAUCGGUGGGAUCGAUAGCUUAGCAGCGGCGGCAGCUGCUACGUUAAUUCCAACUGCAACCACAAACGUUCGACCUUCCUUUACGACCACUAGCAUCGGGGAUGGUACGAUGAAACAACAAAGUAUCGAAGAAAAUAGCUACCGUUAUCGUUUCCAACCCAUCCUGCCGGAAUUGGUGACGGCAUGCUCUCCACCAGUGGUACGAGAGUCCAGCAGUAGUCCAACACAAUAUCCGGCCAGACAGCAGCAGCAACAUCUCGUGAUGUGGCCGAACGCAAUCGACGAGAAUACCUCCCGCAUCAUCAAAAUCGAAUCGUACCAGUCGUCUGCUGUUGUUGGUAGUAAGGAUGUGCUGGAUGGUGGUGGUGGCGGUGGUGGUAUUGGAAUGGAACGAGCCUUGAAUCGUACCGUAAUAGGACGUCCCAUCAUGGCCAACGACGAUAUGAUGAUGGAGAGCGUCGACCUAACCAUCGGUGGAUCCGACGACAACAGCUUCGUUGGUGAUAAACUACUUUCCGGUUCGCCAAAUCGAUUAGAAUCGCCGGGUCUGAAUGACAGGUCAUUAAGUCCCAAUCUUUGGCAUGGAUCGAUAGAAACCAGUACGGACACGCUGGUACCUGUUGAUCAAUAUCCGCUGUCCGCCGGCAGUAUGCAAGGUGUGUUGAGCAACUUGAAGGAAGACGUCGAAAACAUCCGGCAGGGAUCUGAACGGCGGAAGGCAACACUGUUGGAACACGAGCAGCACUACAGCAGCAGCAACGGUGUCGGUGGUGAUGGUAGUAUUAGUUUAGCGGUAGGAAACAGUGAUAGUAGUCAGCAGAGACUUGCAAAUGGUAAAGCAUCGGAAACGACAAUGGCGCCGAAUGACAUUUCUGACGGGGCCGAGGUCACGAGCGAUAGCGAUACCGUUAAAGCUCCGACUGGUGAUAGUAAUGGAUGUGAUUUUACUAGUGAUUACGAUAGGAAAUUAUCAAAUCAAUCAACGUUGGCGCUUGCCUGCGAUUCGCUACCAAAAGAUCGACCUGAUUAUCGCCACCAGCAGCAUCCGCCCGAACCGACCUUGGAAAGUGAUCGCGGUGGAGGAGGGCCAACAGGGCGGUCGGCUCUGUCGUCUGUCGCACAGAACAACAAUGUCAGCUGUGGUGGUGUUAACUACAACAAACUCAAAGCGAAUGGUACGCCGGGCGUACCGAUUGCACCGAUGUCCACUGGUUCGGCCACCACCAACAACUUGCUCACCUCGAUGAUGCUGAUGGACGAAAGCAUUAUCAUUCAGCCACAGUUUCAGCAGCUUGAAAUCAAUGGAAAACAGCCAUCUGGCGAUGGUGGAACAGCAAAUGCUGGAUACGGCCUGAUAAUGCCACAGAAGGAACGACGACGAAGAAACUCGUCCAACUCGAAACAUGACCUUAUGAGCCCUUGUAAACCAACCAACGGAAGUAUAUCCCCAAGUGCCACACACUCCCGGUUUUCGACGCCGGGUGCCCGGUCACUGCCACUGACACCACCGAGUGUACCGUACGCGGCGGAUAGGCCACCGGUAGCGACGUUCUCGUGCCCGGACGGGUUGGCUCACGCACUCUCGGAACAAAAUUUACGCCUCCAGCAGAUUGUCUACGAACAUCGGCUUCGCGAGGAAGCGCUACAGCGUGAACUGUACGCCACACGGUUAGCGCUGUUGAAGAAAACCUGCCAGCACUGUUGUAGCAGCAGCGCCCAACCACAGUACGGCAAUGAGGAUCCCGUGCCGGUGAGCAUUUCCAUAACCAGCGUUGCUGCUUUAACUGCUACCGCAGCCGUCACGUCCACGAUGGGAGACAGGAUCGGCCGGGACACCGAUCGGAACCGCAGAGGUGCCCACAGUCACAGCAGCAGCCGCAGCAGUAGCGGAAGUGGUAGUAUGAGCACUAUCACCUCCAUCCGUACCACAGCCGCCACCGCCACUACCACCGAAGAUCUGUUCGCGGAAGCACUGAUGGGAACUUCCUCGCUGUACGGUUUAGAUGGUAAAAGUCUUUUGGUGUUUUCCGACACGGACGAGGAAGAGGAUGAAGAUGAUGGUACGUGUGGUGGUAGUGCUGCAGAAGAGCGUUGCUUAUGUCAAGCUAUAUUGAAACAUAACCGUCGCUUCGUGCAUAAUGUGCGUAUGUGGCGUACUGUGCGCCAGUUUCUAGAGCGUACCCGCCAGAAGCGUAUGGACUACCCGUCGAGGGAUCCUGUAAUGCCUCCCUCAGAGCCUUUCGCUCUAGAAGAUCCGCUUAGCGAGUACUAUGCUGAUAGUGUUGCUGACGACGAUGCGAAGAGUAGUGGCAGUAGUGCCAUUUUAGACGGUUGCGAUGAUGUUGACAUUGAGCCGAGAGGGAGGAUACAACAAAGACCAGACAGGAAAAUCCUGCAUUAUGAAGGCGAAAAAUCGCUCGAUGGUAUCAUAGAUGGUGGUGGUGGUGGUGGUGGUGGUGAUGAGGAUGAGAAUGAUGAUGCUGAAUUAUCCUCCCAACUGAUGGUGGAUUCAAUGAACGAAAAUGCGUCGAAUUGUUCAUGGGAGGCGGUCGAUGAUCGGAGCGCACCAUCGUCGGGCGCCAACUCGUCCCAGCAAAUGCAGUACAGUAGCAGCGGUGUCGGCGGUAGCACCAGUGUGCUCUGGGUCCCGGAUCAUGCCGUGACACGUUGCACCACAUGCCAGACCGAGUUUUGGCUCGGUCGGCGCAAGCACCACUGUCGCUCGUGUGGACAGAUUUUCUGUGCGGACUGUUCCGAGUUUACGGCGCAUCUGCCUGAGGAGCGACUGUAUCAGCCGGUUCGGUUGUGUGGCCCAUGCUACCAGCGGAUCUCAUCCAUGACGGUUCCUGCUACCAGUUCCAGCGCAGCUGUGGCUGGUAGUCUAACUCUAACGUCCUCCGCUACGCACAGCGGCAGUCUGGCUAGUAAUGUCACCGGUUCGACGGUCAAUGGAACGGCAGGUAACGCACUGAACGAUGACACCAAUGCGUUUCUACACCGAUCGAACGUAACGGCCGCGGCCACAAUGAUGAUGCGCGAUCGGAUCACCAGCAUGAGCCAGAUCCAGUCAUUGCUGGCGGCCGAAUGUAGCUCGGAAGCACCGAGGGCUAGCGAAAGUUGCUGCAAGCCGAAUGUUACCGCAGCGACGAACUAAACUUCGCACAGACUUACAUUCUUUUCCGAAUCGAUCUGACACAAGUCGCGCACGUGUGCGUGUGUGUGUGGAUGUUAGGAGAGGCCACAUUGUAGAAAAAAAAGGACGAGUGCCAACACACAUUUAUUGUUACAUUUUUAUAAUCUUAUUCAUCAUUCUCGUUCGCACAUAAUUUCUAUGUUCUUGUUUGUUCACAUCAUUAUCAUCAUUGCACAGACACACGCAGACGCACGAUUACUUUAUCUAAUAAUUUAUCGUACUUUUUACUUGUUGUUUGACUCGUGUUACGAUUUCUUGCUUUAAAUGAUUACUGUUAGGGUUUUGUUUUUCCUUAAAUAAUGAAACUUACUAUUGGUAAGCGUUUUCUAUUUUUUUUUUAAUCUUCUAACUCUCUUGGUCGCACUUGUGAGAUGCAUUGCUAUGUACGCUUUUAGUAGGGUAUCCUAAUACCGUGUGUGCGCGACGUUGAAAACAGCAAACGAUUAAUGCUGCGUGAUUAAUUUGUGACCUUUCUAUUUUUCCUACGAUGGUUAAGUUAUAUAAGUGGUAACGCAAACGGAAAGGAGUAAAGAAAUGAAAUAUUCAAAUGACAGAAAUAGGUUUUUUGCGGUGUAACGUCGAAAAAAAAACACGGUGUAUGGAAAAAUAAUAUGUUAUAUCUUAUGCAUUAGGGAAAUCAAUUGAAUGGUGUGAAAUAGAAUAUGAUGAAAAGGGAAGAAAAACCCGAUAAGAAGUUGAUGCAAACAUCAGACACUAUUAAAUAUAUGCGAAGAUGAAGCGAAACAAAAACUCUAAGAUUGGAAUCAAAAUGUUCCAACUCUCGGAAAUACGCAACACACAAAAGUCAAUCCCCAAGAAAGCCAAGGAACCCUGAUGGGUAGAGCAAGAGCAGUAACAUAAGCAAUUGUAAUGGAAAAAAACACGACAUCGGUUUACACACAUGCUGAUGUGCGUAAUAGUUUAUCAACAAACAUUAUAUAAAUAUAUCUCUCACCCAAGAAAACAGCAGCAAGACCACGAAUAGAAAAAAAAAUAUGGAAAAAGGAAAUGCAAAAGUAAACACCAUCAUUUGAGAGAGCAGAAGAACAAUAUACACACACAAAUAACAUUAAGAAAUAGGAAUGCAAAACAUUUAAGAAGAAAUAUAUUAUACAUGUAUAUGGAAACAAGCAUAGCUAACAAAACAAAGGGUAGAUUGUAACAUUACAAAACGAAGAAAUGUAAUGCAAGCGACAGAUAAAGCAGGAAUGAUUUAGGGUUUUAAACAAAGAAGGAGAAAAAAACAAUACAAAAGCGUCACUCCGAUCGGGACACACAGCUCUGUAGCGUGUGUGCUUGAAAACAUUAAAAAAACUACAACAUAAGACAGAACAAUGAAACGAGUUUAAUAAACCACAGGUAGUGUAGUGUAGCUGACUAAAAAACCAAACCUCAAACGGAAUGAAUAAGGAGCGAAACGAGAUAGAAUGUAAACAUACACAAAUAGUAACCAACGGGUGUGUUGCUGAAACAACUCCAAAUGAUUAAACAUCUCGCGCAUUUCUUUGUGUGUUUGUUGUAUGAGAACUAAGUUCAAUAUGUUUUUGUUUUCUACUCAUUUUUGUCCCCGCCCGCAAAAUGCCUAAUGGCAAAGUAAAACAAGUAAUCUCGGCAUUAUUAAUUCAAUCUUUUAGCUUACACACACAAGAAACAAACAAAAAAAAACACACACACACGAACUUAUUAAGCUUCACUUGGUGUUUUACAAGUAAACAAUUCACGAAUCCCACGUAAAAAAGUAUGCAUGGCUCAGAGACAACUAUAGUGCAGCGUGUAAUUGUAGUACCUAUCGUAUGGCAAAAAAAAAGCAUUGAAAUACAAACUACAAACGGA